GUGCGCCGCGGGCGCGCGCGCGGCCGUCGAGCGGCCGGCGGAGCGCGGGGCCAGCGGGAUGGUGAAGGGCAUCCACCUGUGGCGGAUGAAGCAGGACAAGUCGGAGAUCUUCGAGGUGCAGGAGCGGGCGUACGAGGACUACAUGCAGAAGAAGGCCAUCGACGACGAUAGGCCGCUGGGCUUCGACCGGUCCGAGGUGCCAGGGAUGUUCUACAACAAGGAGAGGAACGUGUACCUCGAGCAGGCCACCAGGCAGCUCCUGUGGCUGGACGAGGCGGCGCAGGUGCACAGGCCCUUCCGAGAGGGCGAGGACACCGGCCUCUCGUUCGCCGCGGGGGCCGCCGCGAGCCCAGGCUCCGCGGCUGGCGCGGCCCCGCCGAAGCAGCUCAUGAUCUCGGACCUGCACGCCGCCGCAAGGGCGUUCAAGAUGGACAUGGCCCACCUCGAUCGGCCCUCGGGGG